AUGAUUCUUAAGUCUUUCUGUUCAGAAGCCCUUCUGACACGAAAGGGUCCCCUCCCUCGCACCUCGGCGUGUCUCAGCUCCACUCCCUUUGUCCCCGGCUCCGAGAAGCCUGAGGUGUCCCCGAAAGGAAGGAAGCCCGAGCCUGAGGGCGGGCAGGGAAGCCGGGAGCACACUCGAACAACAAACACCACUUUUAUCUUCCUGCCACCUCACCGCACCUCUCCUGGCCUUACCCAACCCAGCGAGCAACAGCUUCAGCCAAGCCGGGCUUCGGGCGGCAUUGCCUCCCCCCAGGACCCCCCGUGCGGGGGCCAAGUAGCGCGUGCCCAGGUCAGUGCAGGUGCGGCCGAGAGCCAGGCAAGGGCGGACAUUGAAGGCCUCAGCACACCCUUCUCCCUCUCCGCGAGGGUGGAUGCUCUGAAUCAGCAGUGCCUAGAGACAAUCGCAAUGCUUGACAUACAACAGCAGAAGCUGAUUCAGGAAAGCAUGUGUCUUAAAAGUGGCUCCACCGAGGUUACAGGUCUUGAACUGGCAGUACUUGGGGCUUGUGUGUGUAACCAUCCUGGGGGACAACCUUGUUCCUGUUCAAAAACAGCUGCAACUGCUAGAAAGCAGCUUCUUCAGCUGAAGCAAGAGUUAGAUCUGUUAAAGAAAAGUAAAGAAGAAGCUUAUAUAAUGGCAGAUGCAUUCAGGAUUGCCUUUGAGCAACAACUGAUGAGAAGAAAUGAGGAGACCCUCAAACUGAUGCAAGUGAAUAAAAUUUGUAAAAAAUCAACCAAAUGGCUAAACUGGAAACACCCUAAGGAUGAUGGAUUCGUGUCACAAAAGAAGAACUUUGGUCAGAAGCUAAUGGAUAUACUUACUUCUGAAGCCAAUUCUAAGAAAAAAGAAGAGCUAGACAAUCAUCAGGAAAUCUUUAGGAUCCUAAUAGAUUUGUUGAAUGAUAAAGAAGAAGCUUUAGCUCAUCAGAGAAAAGUUAGUUACAUGCUUGCUCGGGAACUGGAAGAAAAAGAUGCCAUGAAGAAUAAAGACCAGGAACCUGUGAAAGAGGAUUCUCCAUGUGAAAACCACUCAUCUCAAACUUCAGAAUCCCCUAGUUUAUUUGAUCCUAUAUGUUCAAAUUUCCACAUUUUUAAUUCUAGGAACUGUAUUUGUUCAGUCCUUAACCACAAUAUAGAUGCAUCUUCUUUAGGAACACUAAAAAAAUCACAUUCCUUGCCAUCAAGGGUCAGAUUUUUUGAAGAGAUUCAAGUUGAAGAAACAUAUGAAAUUACAACUGGAAGUAGUUUGUAACACCAUUUUUUAAAAAAUUAAGAUUUUGUACAUCUUACUGUGUCAUAAGAAGUUUUGCGCCCAUGUGCACUUUCUGAGCCUUUCUAAUUUUAAAACAAUAAUUUGACCAAACUAAUGGGCAAAAUGCAUUUUUUAUAA